UUUUGUCUAUUGUUUUGAUUGGACGUCAUGAAAGUGGACGUCAUCUUGAAUGAAAAUUUCGUAUUCCUUUAUUAUUUACUUUGCCAAAUUAAAAACGCUACGUGAAAUUGUUUUCACUGUUCGUAAUGAUAAAACGAUAAAUUAAUUUUUUUAUGUUUUAUGUUCGAAUUAUUCGUAUUAUUUAGACUGCAGUGAAGGUGACGCUAUACGCGUUCGUUUGUGUUGGUGAUGUAAUUUAAGUGAUUGGGUGGCUUCGUAUUCCUCGCGUUAUAAUGGAGGAAUCCUCAUUCACAAUUCCAGCGGACGACAAUGGUGAUACUGAGCUUGAUCCUAGAAUACAGGUGGAGUUAGAGAAGCUCAACGCUGCUACGGACGAGAUCAAUAAGCUUGAAUUGGAGCUAGAUGAGUCCAUGAAAACCUUCCACCUGCUCCUGAAUGAGACAACACGCCGUCUCCAAGCGCUGACGAAGAGACUCGGGACAUGCGUGGACAAGUCGCGACCUUACUACGAAGCUGUCAACGUGGCCGCGACAGCCAGAUCUGAGUGUCAGAAAGCGGCUGUGCAAUUUCAGAGAGCUAGCGAGCUGCACGCAGCUGCUAAAGAGACGGUGACAUUGGCUGAACAGCGUUUUGUCAGCAAACAGGACGAGUGGCAGUUCGACAGCAAUUGGCAGGAGGUGCUCAACCAUGCCAUCAUGAAGGUUAUGGACGCUGAAAAGCGCAAGGCGGAGAGCGGUCGCGAGCACCAGAAGAAAGCGGCCGCGUAUAUUGCGGCCGAAAGAAAGGUGACUCAGCUAGAAGAUAAUCUAAAACGGAACAUUAUAAAAUCCCGCCUCUACUUCGAAGAGAAGAAACUAUGCGACGAGCAGCUGCAAACACAAAAUGAGAAGAUAGAGAAACUCCAACGCCUCAUUGCCGACGCCAAGUUCCGAUACUCCAAGUCUCUCAAAGCCUUAGAAGAAAUAUCUGAAGAGAUCCACAGACGCAGAGGUGAAUAUCCUCCAGGGAAGGACACGGUUCCUGUUGGACCCAGGGAGCCGGGCGUCGGGGCAGAAAGAGACCCAAUACAUGACGAGACGAAAGACCAAGAUAAAGACGAAGAUUCAAGUCUCCAAGAGUUAAGACUGCGCGUAAGAGAACUAGCUCUCAAACCUAUAGACAGAAAUGACGUCGAAACCGACGAAGCAUGGGCUUUGGAGCUAAACGAAACCAUAAACAAACUAGAUCAAUUGCUGAUGAUGAAGGAAAACAGCCAACAAAAGAGGUCGAAAUUCACCGCCAGUUCCCCGAGAAAUUCAAGCGCACCAUCGACAUCAACGAACGCUGGGAAAAAAUAUAUACAACCACCGUGCGAUACGUGGAAAACUGAAACGAAUUUAUCUAGAACCAAAUCGAUAAGUAGGGAAGUUGUUUUCGAGCAUACGAAUCCGCCGAUAUGCAAGACUGAGAAAUCUAAGAGUAUGAUGUCUCUAGAUGUGCUCUCCUUAGCGAGAGACGCAGCUAGUAUGGAUAGGGAGUCGUAUCUGAAAGCGGUGAUAGAAGAUAAAUCUCCAACUGGAACGUAUACGGAGAGCAAUUCGGAUAGGAAUGAAAGCCCAGAUGAGAUAUUGAUGGUGGAGUGCGAUUCGAGUGAUUCCACCCAGAAUCAUGUCAUCAGGAUGACAAGUUCCACCAUUACUGACAGUGAUAAUAGUUAAUUUUGUGUCGAUGCGUUCAGGUAUGGUUUGACAUUUGUUGUGAAAGAUUAAAAGUCGAAUCUACAAAAAAAAAAUAUUGUCUGAAAUCUGAUCUUUAUGUAAAAAUCGUGAGAUAAAUAAUUUUAAUUGAAAAAUUUUAAAAUAAAUUAUAAUACCGGGACCCAUGCCUGAAUAAUUAUGUCUUCGAAAUCAUAUUUGUGUGUCGGAUGUCAAUUUAUAUGUGUUAGAUUUUUAUAAAAGAAAAAAGUAAUAAAAAUUGGUAACACGAACUUUUGUAUUGAUGUGUAGCUAGCAUUCGCUUUAGAUUAUUUAGUUAUCUAUAUCUACAUAAAUAAAAUACACAAGUUGUACACUAGUAUAUUCUAUUUAUAGAAACGCGCUUGGGUUUGUGUGUGGCGCCACUGUCGUUGUGUCUCCACAAAAUAUUAAAAAAUAUUUACGUAUAAAGUUUUGGCCGCGGGUAAACUUGAGCGUGUAUAUCGGUUAAACACGAAACGCAACUAUGUAUUAUCCAGUGACGUAACAUAAUUAUUUAUUAUGACGAACUAGAUUAUAUUUUCUUUUCAAUCUCACAUAAAAAUAUUUUGUUAAAAAUUAAAUUACAUAUUAAAAAGAUGUAUAUUUUUGAAACUAGGUUUUUUUAUGUCAUGUGAUAAUACAAAAAUUGUGUUUACAUCGUAGACGAAGAAAACUAUAGACAAGGCAUAGGCAUAUGAGAUAGAACUAUAUCAAACAGAUGUUACAGUAAAAGCCGGCAUGCGAUAAGAGACAAAAAAUAUUAGCGCUAUGUCCCGUUUCUCCUAAUGUAUUUCUAUGAGCGAAAUGGAAGAUAAAACGAUGUCUACAAUUUUCUUCUGUCUACGGUCUGUAUUAACCACAGUAUUCUUUCUUCUAGGAGCGCCAUAUCAAUCCACCGACGUAGCUCACAAAUAUUUAUUUUAUAUUAUACGCGCGUUCCUUAUCGGUUGUGUAUAAUGUGUAUUGUUAAUGCAAUAUUCAAAAUUAAUUGCUGCAUUUGACUGACUUAUUCAAUUUAAUUCGAUAUAUAUCGUUUGAUACAAUUUUUUAGCGGUAAACAAGUCGAUUUCAGUUCCAUCGAACUAGAUUUCGAGCAGAUUCAAACUCUUUUUACAUUUCUAUAUUUCUUUCCUUUUCUAUCAGUCUUCAAAGAUUAGCAACUAUUUUUAUAACGAAUAUAUAACUCCUUCCCCUAAAGAUUUAUCGCGCAAACCUAAAAUCGACUAGAUUAACUUUUUAUAAAGUAUUUAUCAAAUAAAUUUAAUUUUAACAGAAAUCGUAAUUGUAUUACGAACUAUAAUACCAUACUAAUAUUAUAAAGAGAAAAUAUUUGCAUUUUUAUUUUCAUUUUCAUAAUGAAUUAGCUCAAAAACUUGACCGAUUUUGGUGUUAAUUGGCACAGAGACAGAAGAAAGCUUUAGUAACUUCAGCUUUUAUUAUGGUUUUAUUCGAGCAAAGCCGGGACGGGCCGCUAGUUCCAAAUAUAGAUGGUCAAGAUUCGUUGAUAAUCAUCCAGUGUUUCCAGCCAAUAAGAUACAGCGUCCUAAUUAUUUUCUACUCAUUAUAGAGGCUGUACUAUAAUUUUGACGGUUAUAAAUGUGCCUUAUUUCAAUUAAAUUGAAUACGGUCAGAUGCGACAGUUAACUAUAAGACUGCAUUUGCACGGUUGGUACUUAACGAAGGUUGUAGACUUUAGAUCGUAUGUAUAUUGUACUAAGUUUACAUAAUAGACUUCAGAAAGAAUCGAAUUGUCAUACGGAGUCAGUUGAGUGGUCAAAAGACUAGAGAGGGACUAGAAAGGGAUGGAGGUAUAUAAUAGAACAAGACGUAACAUAUUUUUCUUUUGUUUAACUCCAUCUCACUCUUAAUCACUCAACAAGAUGAAAUUAGGGAGCAAAUGUCGGGCAACAUAUCUGUUUCUCGCUCUGAAAGAGUGAGAAAAAUAUUCACUUAUAAUACGGAAUAUUGUAUUUUUGCGUGUGAUUUAGUAGUUUACGGUUCAAACUUUCUUUAAAAAAAUAUAUGGAUUUUAUAAUUUUCUAAAUUUUUUUUUGAUGGAAUAAAUUUAUGAAGAGUAUGAAUAAAGGACAGAAUGAAUUACGUAUACUAACAAGAGGAUCGAUGACAUACUCAUUUAUUUAAGAGGUUAUAUAAUAUGUUUUAAUUAAUGUGGUUGGGUGAUGCAUUUAAUUGAACUAAGAGUGAUUUGAUUUAUUUAAAUUCAACUUAAGUUUAAUAUAUGAGAAAUCUAAUUUUAAAAGGAAACAUUUAUAUGGUGCAAUAGGAUCUGUUUGAAAUGAUUAAAAAUAUAUAUAUAUAUUUACAAUGAAAAUGACAUUGAUGUAUACAAAUAAGUAUAGAUUGUUUCAAGUUUUAAUCUAUUGUAUUCCAGUUUGUAUUGUAAAAUGAUUGCCCUGAAACUGAGUUCUUGAUAUAUUAACGUUUCAUGUCAAAAGUGAACGAAAAUAACCAAUUUAGCUCAAUAAUGAAAGACCUAGACCUAUACACAGUAGAGAUUUGUACCUGCACAGUUAAUGUAGACAUUCCAUUCUCGUCACUAAAGGCUGGUGCAGACCGAUUAUAUGGAAUUAUAAUGCUGGUUCCACACUGUCGUCGAACAGUUUGCCAAACUAUUCAUUGCGAUAAAUAAAAGCACUAAUAUUAACUACGCAAUGUUCACGCAUUCGGCAUGUGUCUGAGUUCGACGAUAGUGUGGAGCCGGCAUUACGCAUUAGGUCUUCACCGGCCUUAAAAUAUUUUUCGUGAUUAUAGUUCUGAAUUGGAACUUUGAAGUGUAAACAGUCUUCGUAAAGCAAGGUAUAUAGAUAAUCUAUUCAGUACUAUAACGACGAUAUUCAAACUCAAAUUCUUAAUACACAUUUUCUUAUACAAAUAAAUUAAUAUCUGAAA